UCAGGGAAUGGGGGGGCAGCCCGUGGGGAAUGUGGCGAUGAAUGGUGGAAUGGGAAUUGGCAUUUCUCCUCCGAAUAAUUCAUCGACAUCAUCAUAUGGGGUGGUGUCGUGCUAUAUAUGUGGGAGAAAUGGCCACUAUGCUCGUAAUUGCUGGCAAAGCCGGUAAUCGACAGAUGCACAAACCGGAAGAAGAGAAUACCGAGAUGAAAGAACUGUUGCAAAGGAUUGCGCGACGUGAGGAGGAGGAAGAGGAGAGGAAAAGGCGGGAAACGGAGGAAGCAAGGAAGAAGGAAGAAAACGAGAGAAAGGAGAGUGAAAAAUUGAGAGAAGAAGAGGCGAGAGAGGCGCGACUAGAAGCAACAAUUGUGAGGAUUCUAACACAGAAGAAGGACAUGUUUACGGUUCGUGUGAAUCCGCAAGCACCGGCGGAAACCAAUAAGAGCUCACCGCGAUCGAAGGCUCGUCUCAUUCGAGAGCUUAGAAAUUACAUUGUUGAGUCUGACGGCGACAGCGAGGAAGUUAAGGAGGAAACUGAGAAGCUGAUCGAGGUCCUGGAGAGCAGAAAGAAGAAAGGAAAGAGGGUGGUGGCGCAACAACGGACGGCGGCGAACCGAUUUCUGAAGAAGAAGCAAACUGUACGGAAGGGGAAGAAAUCAGCACCAGAGAUCGAGCCGGGCGAAGAAGGUUUUGAGACCCCAAAGAAGGCCUGCACGGCGGAGUGUUCAAGCGAAGGGCUGAUCGAAUAUGCACUCACUCAGACGAAGAUUCUGAGUGGGAUGAAGGCGAACGAAAUCAGGAAGAUCUGCAAUACGGAAGGGAUCGAGUACACUGUGAAGGACCAGUCCAUUCAAGACAUUGUACGCUGUCGCACAAGGUUGGCUUACGAAGGUUUCCUCGAUCGGGAAUCACCGAUAAAGAAACCUGGCGUUGAAGGGUUAGAGUAGCUGCAAUGUCAGGGGACCUGACAUCUCUGGAGGUGGCCGUACGCAUCCGGGGACUUAUCGCUAGGAGAAAACAGAGGGAGAUAGCUGGCGUGCAUCCGCUGCUCAUUCGAGACGAUGAGAAUGAACUAUCAAUGUUGGUAUUGUUACUAACUUUGAGAGGAUACAUUCCAUGGAUUAGGAAGCUUGUACGAUUUGUCGAGCCAGACAAGCUGGAUGUGAAUCUCUCAGGAGUUUAUGUGGUGAUCAGCCCAGUGUGUAGGAGAUUCUACAUUGGCUGUACGGUCAGGAGGAUAGUUACUCGGUGGGCGGAGCACGUCAGAUGCUCGAAGUCUGGCAGCAUCGGGAAUGCACCGAAGUUGCAUUCAUUGAUGCGUUUUUAUGGGUGGCAGAAUUACGUGGUUAUACCACUUG